AUGAACCCGAUUCAUAUAUCUCGUGUCUGUCCUGGAUAUCGAUUUAUGUCAAGAAGUCUUCCAUCACUUCAAGUUCGAAAUCGACUAGCCCAAAUGGCAUCACAUCUCUCCACUCGUGCGGGGACAACCCUGCAAGAUCUGCCCAAAUCUAAUGUUUUCACAUCCAAAUUACCGCCGGAUGCGGCAUUUGAGACUCCGGAAAUCUCACAUAAGGCGCCGAGAGAAACCCUUGGUCCCCGAAUGGUGAAAGAGGCGUUGUUUACCUAUGUGCGCCCGGAGCAAUCUGAGGAGCCGGAGUUGCUGGGCGUAAGUCCGAGGGCAAUGGAGGAUCUGGGACUAAAGGCAGGUGAAGAAGAGACCGAAAAAUUCAAGGCUCUCAUUUCAGGAAAUGAAAUCUGGUGGGGUGAGGAGAAGGGAGGUAUCUAUCCAUGGGCCCAGUGCUACGGUGUGGUUCAUGGGCUGGACAACUUGGAGACGGCUCUUUUUGAAUGUACCAAUCCCGACUCAAACACUCGCUAUGAGUUACAGCUGAAGGGUGCGGGAAGAACACCAUAUUCCCGCUUUGCAGAUGGAAAAGCUGUCUUGCGUUCAAGUAUCAGAGAAUACAUUGUCUCUGAAGCCCUCAAUGCUCUCAGAGUACCUACAACCCGUGCACUGUCUCUUACUUUACUCCCCAACUCAAAAGUACUACGAGAGCGACUGGAGCCUGGCGCGAUUGUAGCUCGAUUCGCCGAAUCCUGGCUCCGUAUUGGAACAUUUGAUAUCCUUCGAGCUCGUGGAGAUCGUGUUAACAUCCGAAAGUUAGCAACUUACAUCGCAGAAGAUGUCUUUGGAGGCUGGGAAAAUCUCCCGGCGAUCAUAUCAGUUCGUGAAGGGCAGACCGCGACAGAAAUUGAUAAUCCCUCGCGCAACGUACCAUCGACUGAGGUACAGAACCACCAGGAUAUCGAUGAAAACCGCUUUGCUCGACUAUACCGUGAAAUUGUCCGACGUAACGCCAAAACGGUUGCCGCCUGGCAGGCUUAUGGGUUCAUGAACGGAGUACUGAACACCGAUAACACCUCGAUCUAUGGUCUCUCGUUGGAUUACGGCCCCUUUGCCUUUAUGGAUAACUUUGAUCCCUCAUAUACCCCGAAUCACGAUGACCAUAUGCUUCGCUAUUCCUACAAGAACCAGCCAAGUAUUAUUUGGUGGAAUCUUGUUCGCCUGGGUGAAUCCCUUGGAGAGUUAAUGGGUGCUGGGAAGAAAGUGGACGAUGAGAGUUUUUUCAACGAUGGAGUUUUCGAGGAGAUGGAAGCGGAGCUUAUCAAGCGUGCAGAAAACAUCAUCGACCGAACAGGCGAGGAAUUCAAGGCUGUCUUCCUCAACGAGUACAAGCGGUUGAUGACCCAAAGACUUGGACUCAAGACGCAAGUAGAGUCUGAUUUUCAGGAUCUCUUUUCGGAGAUGCUUGAUACCCUGGAGGCUCUGGAAUUAGAUUUUAACCAUUUCUUCCGCCGGUUGUCGGGGUUGAGUUUGUCUGAGCUGGAGACUCAGGAGCAACGGGCUACUGCAGCAGCGGUAUUCUUUCAUGCUGAAGGAUUUGGGGGUAUAGGAUACACCGAUGCUACUGCUAAAGAUCGCAUUGCUAAGUGGCUGGAAAAAUGGCGAGGUCGUGUCCUCGAGGACUGGGGUACUGGCCAUGAUGAGGAGCGUCAAGCAGCUAUGAAGGCUGUUAAUCCAAACUUUAUCCCACGAGGAUGGAUUUUGGAUGAAGUCAUUGAGCGGGUGGAACACAAAGGAGACCGUGACAUCCUCGGACGAGUCAUGCAAAUGAGUCUGAACCCUUUCCAGGAUCAAUGGGGUCUCGCAGAGGAGGAAGAGAAGCGCUUCUGUGGUGAUGUGCCCAAGUACAAGAGAGCGAUGAUGUGUAGUUGUAGUUCAUAA